AUGCGCCCCCCAACAAUCAUAACAACCCUCACCACCCUUCUCACCACCCUGACCGUUCUCACAUCCACUGUAUCCGCCGACUACGUCCCAUUCCCUCACCAACGGCACUCACACCUGCUUGGUCGCGAUGCAUCCACCUACACCGCCCGUCUCAAAGACACAUCCCUUGGCUACGAAAUCCACACCAAACCCGGUGCACCCUCCGGUUCCCGUCUAACCUCGAUCCCUGUCGGCACCUCUUCCCACAGCCUCGCCACAUACUGGACUCGCAACCCCAACAAUGCGGCUGCUAAACAAGCAUUCAUCAUGAUCCACGGUCGAAACCGUAACGGCAACGACUAUUGGACUACCAUGUCCAAGAUCGUCGACGCCGCCGUCUCGGACAACUAUGCCUCUGCCGACCCUAAUGCUAUCAUCGUCGCUCCUCAAUUCUAUUCAGAGAAGUUGAAUAAGGGGCAGUACGAGAAGCAUGAACUGGCCUGGGACGAUGUCAAUGCGUGGCAAGCGGGUGAAGCUGCCAUUCACCCCAAAAGUGCUAAAGAGACGAGUUUUGACGCACUCGAUGCACUGUUUGAUCACUUUUCGAACCAGACAGCCUAUCCGAGUUUGGAAGAGCUGGUGUUUGUAGGACAUGGUGGCGGUGGACAGUUGAUUAAUCGAUAUGGAAUCGUAGCGAAAGAUAUGUCCGCCAAUGCCCUCUCCGUUCGUUUCAUCGCCGGCGAUCCUUCCUCCAGCGCUUACUUCACUGACCAUCGCCCCACCACCAACGCCGAUAUCGCAUCCAAAUCCACCUGCCCACUGUACAACACCUGGAGAUACGGAUUCGACAACUUCACCGGAACCCUCGACGGUCUUAAGACCCCGCAAGCAUAUUUCGCACAAAACGUCGUCCGUGAUGUCCGAUACAUCGUCGGUUACGACGAUACCUCCGAAUCCGGAGAUCAAUACUGCAUGGCUAUCCUCCAAGGCGGUCUUGCACGAAGGGACAGGAACUUAGCUUGGUGGAAGUACAUCAAUCUUUUGGCGAGGACGAAUGAGGAUGUCUCCGGUCUCCCAGGCAACAUCACUGCUCAAGACUUACCCGAUUGGAGCAACCUCAGUGGUGGGAAAUUGGCUCAUACAUUGACGGUGGUCGAGGGAGCGACGCAUAAUGCAGAUGAGGUGUUUGGGAGUAGGCAAGGGAGAACGGUGCUGUUUGAGAAGAGCCAGAAGGAUGUUGCGAGAGGAUGGAGACCGAAAGGUUAUAAUAAGGCUGCUGGUGGGUCGACUACUAAUUCCACUCCGGCAACGGUCGAUUUGAGUUCGACGGCUGAUGGGCAGGGUACUUCUGCAGCUGCAUCAGUGAAGGCAGUGAAGUUGGGAUCGGGAGCGACAAUGGUGGUGGUGAGCGUUGUGCUCGCAGUGAUGCUGUACUAG